AUGCGGUUCUUAGCGACCGUUACUGCUCUGCUUCUGGCCCCUACGGCUGUUUUUGCAGCUUGGGGCUACACCGAUGACGGCAAAAACUAUGUUAUCGAUACGAACGCGAAUCUCGUCGUCAAGGUCAGCAAGUCAAACGCUGACAUGACUUCGAUCAAGUACCGUGGCGUUGAGUACAACGGCCAGAAUGGCAAGAAUUCGCACGUGGAAUCUGGCCUCGCACCCGGCACUGUCACCAUUCAGCAAUACACCAACGUCAUCAAGGUGACGAUGAAAGUGGGAACGCUCGUUCACACUCUCGUCUUCCGCUAUGGCAACCCCAACGUCUACAUCUUCAUGAACAAGAAAGAUACCAGCAUCACUGUGUCCCGAUACAUCCUUCGCAUCCCGCCGAACAUCUUUACCAACAACAUCAACGAAGACACGGACUGGGUGCCGGAUGGUGCGACUGCCAUCGAGUCUGGUGACAUCAAUGGACUCAACGGUCAGACAUGGUCCAAACAUUACUCCGGCAAGUUGUAUGGCCGUACUAUGGACUACGAUUGGGUUGGGUACACCAAUCGAAAUGUCGGCAUGUACAUGAUCAGGUCGAAUCAUGAGAAGGCUUCGGGCGGGCCUUUCUUCCGAAGUUUGGUGCGCCGCGGAGGUAGUGGUGGUCCAGAUCUUUAUGAUAUCUACCACUACAACAUGGGUCAUACUGAUGUGAUGCGCUUUGGCCUGCAAGGUCCCUCCGUCCUCCACUUCACGGAUAGUGGUGCCGCACCGAGCACCGCACUCUUCGCUCGCAACGCUAACUGGGACUGGAUGGACUCCCUUGGAAUCGAUGGCUGGGUUCCGGCUAGUCAACGUGGUGCCGUCGCUGGUGUUGGUUUGGCCAACGUAAAGAACGGUUACCAGUAUGUUGUCGGUCUGAAGAGUGCCCAGGCGCAAUACUGGACAAUUGCAUCAUCCAGCUCUUGGAGAAUCAGCAAGAUUCUACCAGGCUCGUACACUUUGACUGUAUACAAGGGUGAACUCGAGGUUCACACUAGCACUGUUACCGUCACUGCUGGAGGCACCGCAGCGCUGAACACGAUCACUUGCAACGACCCGUCGGACACGGCUGUCAUGUGGCGAAUUGGCGAAUGGGACGGCACGCCUAAGGGUUUCCUGAACUUCGGCGACAGCCCCAUGAAGCCUACCUACAUGCACCCAUCUGAUUCGCGCCUCGCCAAAUGGGAUGCUAGCAACUAUAUUGUGGGUACCAGCUCCGCUGCCAACUUCCCCGGCUACAUGUGGAAAGACAUCAAUAACGACCACCUCGUCUACUUCCGCCUCAGCGAUGCGCAACUAACCAAUGGCGCAAAGAUCAGAAUCGGUGUCACAGAGGGCAUGUCUGGUGGAAGACCGGCUAUUGCCGUGAACAGCUGGACCGCUACCUUACAGUCCGAUAAGGGCCAGGGCGAUACCAGAAGUCUGACUGUUGGAACGUACCGCGGCAACAACUACGUUUAUGAGUACAGUGUGCCGGCAAGUGCGUGGGUGAAGAGCGCGAGGGAGUACCAGAUACUGAAGAUCUCUGUCAUUUCUGGAAAGACGUCUACGGGUUAUUUGAGUCCCAGUAUCAGUCUCGACGCGGUUGAGAUGAUCGCGGCCUAG